AUGGAAUUCACCAAAAUAUCCAACCUGACAAAGCUCCACCAAGCUGUGGCUCUGGGGGACUACAAUUUAGUGAAGAGGAUUUUGAAGAAAGGUCUUUGUGAYCCAAACUACAAGGAUGUCGACUGGAACGACCGGACCCCCCUUCACUGGGCUGCAAUCAAAGGGCAAGUGGAAGUGAUGCAUCUCCUGAUAGGCUGUGGAGCCAGGCCCUGCCUGGUAACUUAUGUGGGCUGGACCCCCGCUCACUUUGCAGCUGAGUGCGGCCACYUGAACGUACUUAGAGCCCUGCAUGCCCUGCAUGCCGCCAUCGAYGCCCCCGAUUUCUUUGGAGACACACCUAAGAGGAUCGCACAGAUCUAUGGGCACAGAGCCUGUGUGGCCUUCCUGGAGGAGGCGGAGCCUGAGUGCAGGGACCAUCGCAGAGCAGCUGAGCAGAACGGGCUGCACCUGGAUGAGCGGGACCCAGACUGGGAUGCCAAGAAAAGGGAGCUGGAGCUGUCUCUUCCUUCCCCCAGCAAAAAUACUAAUAAAAAGAAGAAGAGAAGUGGAGGCCCAGCCAAGCUUAAAUAUACCAAGGAGAGAAAAGCGUGA